AUGGACGGGACACCAGGAACAGCGCACCAGGAGCGGCAGCAGCAGCAAAGCAGCAGCAGCACCAACAACAACACAGCAGCAGCAGCAAAGCAGCAGCAGCAGCAACAACAACACAGCAGCAGCAGCAAAGCAGCAGCAACACCAACAACAACACAGCAGCAGCAUCAGAAGCAGCAGCUACAGCAGCAGCAGCGACACAGCGUCCAUCACGAUCAGCAGCAUCAGCAGCAGGAAUAG